CGCCGACUGACCGGCUCGAGUGUAGCGGCAGCACGCUGAGGGGGCGUCGCCGCCGCCGGCCCCCGGCGCCGCCGCGGGAGGCCGCGCCCGCCAUGGCGGCCCGGGCGGUGCUGGACGAAUUUACGGCGCCAGCCGAGAAGGCGGCGCUGCUGGAGCGGAGCCGCGGCCGCAUCGAGGGCCUGUUCGGCGUGAGCCUGGCGGUGCUCGGCGCGCUCGGGGCCGAGGAACCUCUGCCCGCGCGCAUCUGGCUGCAGCUCCUCGGGGCGCAGGAGGCGGUGCACAGCGCCAAGGAAUAUAUUAAAGGAAUCUGUGAACCUGAACUAGAAGAAAGAGAAUGUUACCCCAAGGCCAUGCACUGCAUUUUUGUUGGGGCUCAGAGCCUGUUUCUGAAGAGCUUGAUUCAGGACACCUGUGCCGAUCUCUGCAUUCUCGACAUCGGUCUUCUGGGCAUCAGAGGAAGUGCCGAAGCUGUGGUCAUGGCUCGGAGUCACAUUCAGCAGUUUGUAAAGCUCUUCGAGAAUAAUGAGAACCUACCCAACAGCCAAAAAGAAUCAGAGGUAAAAAGGGAAUUUAAACAAUUUGUUGAAGCUCGUGCAGACAGUUACACAAUGGACUUGUUGAUUUUGCCCACUUCCUUGAAAAAAGAACUUUUGGCACUGACCCAGGGCGAGGAGAAUCUAUUUGAAACAGGAGACAAUGAUGUUGUUGAAAUUAGAGAUUCUAAACAAAGAGAGUUUACGCAGAGUGCUGCCGCAGGGCUGAAUAUUUCCAGAGAUGAAAUUGUUUUGCAGGAAGAUGCAAGAAACAAAGCUGGGACUCCCGUUACUGAGCUUACAAAACAAAUGGACACAGUCUUUUCUAGCUCACAAGAUGUCCUUUUUGUUCCAAUAAAUGGACUAACCCCAGAUGAAGAGGCGCUUUCCAAAGAUAGAGUUUGUCACAAAAGGAGAUUUUCUGAUUCUGAAGAAAGGCAUACCAAGAAACAAUUUUCUCUGGAAAAUGUUCAAGAGGGAGAGCUUUUACAUGAAGGUAAGACAUUAGCUGGAAAUGUAAUCAUUGACCUAUCUGAUUCUUCUACUGAUGCCGAAAAUUUAAAUCCAGAUGUAAAAGACACUACUGAGGAAAUGGAAUACAAUAUCCUCGUCAACUUUUUUAAAACCAUGGGCUAUUCUCAAGAAAUUGUUGAAAAGGUCAUUAGGGAGUACGGGCCAACUACUGAACCAUUAUUGCUGUUGGAGGAAAUUGAGAAAGAAAAUAAAAGAUUCCAAGAAGAGAGAGAAUUUUUACCUGGUACUACGUACCCAGAGACCAACAAAACCAAAAAUAAAGGUGUUUGUAGCAGCGUAAAUGAACUUACGACAGAUUCCACUCCAAAGAAAACACAGACUCACACACAGCAAAACAUGGUAGAAAAAUUUUCUCAGCUACCAUUCAAAGUUGAAUCAAAACCAUGUACCUCAAAUUGCAAAAUUAAUACUUUCAGAACAGUGCCAAUAGAACAGAAACAAGAAAUCUGGAGUUCAAAUCAGAACUACGUUUGUAACAUAGACCUUGAAACCGAUGGCCUUUCACCCUCUGUUGCCCCUUCAAGUCCCAAAGAAGUUGUCAAUUUUGUUUCAAGAGGAGCUUCAAGUCACCAGCCCAGAAUUCCCGUUUUUCCUGAAAACGGUUUGCAGCCGCAAGCAGAGCCCUUGCUUCCGAAUAAUAUGAAGUCUGCCUGUGAAAACCGUUCGGGAUGUGGUGGCUCUCCUCAGUCCAAGCCAAAUUGCCCACCUCUUUCUCCACCGAUGCCGCUGCCCCAUCUGUUACCUUCAGUGACUGAUGCCAGGUUGGCAGGACCUUCUGAGCAUAUUGAUUCCUCAGUUACAGGGGUUCAAAGGUUUCGAGAUACUCUGAAAGUGCCCUACAAGCUGGAAUUAAAAAAUGAACCAGGGAGAACAGAUCUGAAGCACAUUGUUAUAGACGGCAGCAAUGUUGCAAUUACCCAUGGUCUGAAAAAGUUCUUUUCUUGUCGUGGAAUUGCAAUUGCGGUUGAAUAUUUUUGGAAGCUUGGCAACAGAAACAUCACUGUAUUUGUCCCACAGUGGAGAACAAGGCGUGAUCCUAAUGUCACAGAACAGCACUUCUUAACCCAGCUCCAGGAGCUCGGAAUAUUAUCUUUAACUCCUGCACGGAUGGUCUUUGGAGAAAGAAUUGCUUCUCAUGAUGACAGGUUUCUGCUGCACUUAGCAGACAAAACUGGUGGCAUAAUUGUAACAAAUGAUAACUUCAGAGAAUUUGUGACUGAGUCAGCCUCUUGGAGAGAAAUAAUUACAAAAAGGUUGCUCCAGUAUACCUUCGUGGGGGACAUAUUUAUGGUUCCCGAUGAUCCUCUGGGAAGAAGCGGACCUCGAUUAGAAGAAUUUCUUCGGAAGGAAGUCUUCCUUAGAGAUAUGCAGCCCCUGCUCAACGCCCUGCCAAAUGUGGGCAUAUUUGACCCCAACUUCAGAGUCCCUGGCCCUCAGGCAGGCAGCACCAGCCAUCAGCCUCCGGCCCGGAUCCAGGGCACGCCACCCAGCCACUGGCUUCCUCAGCAACCCCGCUUCCCGCUGUUGUCGAACCUGUCCAGCAUCCAGCAGAACUUGCCCAUGCCAGCACAGCGAUCUGCUGCCGAAACCAACGAGCUGAGGGAAGCCCUUCUGAAGAUCUUCCCUGACUCAGAGCAAAGACUGAAAAUCGACCAGAUCUUAGCAGCUCAUCCGUACAUGAAAGAUCUGAACGCGCUCUCCGCCAUGGUGUUGGACUGAAGCUGUCAGGAGCUGGGGCUCAGGGCUGAGGACGCACUCGCGCUGGUAUCCGCACGGCACAGCCGCAAGUGACGUAAUGUGAAGAAACCAAUUUCCCAGUGGAAAUGCUGUUGUAGUGUAUAGAAAAAAAACAGAUGUUCUGUGUAUAAAAAAAAUCUGGGUUUUCAAAACCAGCUUUUUUUCUAUAUAUAAAUUAUGCUGCUAUUACAGAUUUAACAUUUUCUGUAAAAGGAAAGUCUACAUUUUCUGCCUGUUCAGAACUGUUUAAUAGCAGUUACUCUUGAGUGUACUUACAUUUUUAUGUUUUUUAAACUAUUUUCCUUAACGCUGAAAAUAUUGACAAAUGGAUAUGAUUAGCCUUUCUAAAUAAAAAAAAAAAAAAGUUGCUUUCUUAGGGAAAGCAAGACCUCUUAAAGUAUAUUUUCUUGAGAUGACUAUGUCACGUCCACUAACAUGCAGCGUGCUCAUCCCUCCCAGCUUCCUCUACCCUCACCCCUGGAAUUAGAGCCCUUGGAGUUAACUUGCCUUCUCUGGGGUCUUGUCGUUGGAGCCAUUUGUGAGAGUGGACCAGUGGUGCCACUAGAUGGCACCUUGUACUCAGCCAUUAUUAGUGACCAGGGCAAAGGUGGCCGCAUAGAGUAUCAGGGCUGGAAGAAACUAGAGUCCAUCUAGUCCAGCCCCUCUUCCCUCCUCCCUGCAGCAGAGGGAGCUGGGCUCAGAGUGCCCCCGUCUGGACGCACCCAAGUCCACAGCUGUGGACCGGACUCCUGUCCAGGGCUUGCUGUCCCUGACGGACUCUAGAAGUCACGUCUUCGCUUCUGAGGUAAUAGUGAGGUGUGAGGAAGUCAAGUGAAGAGCCUCAUUGUGAGAGUACUUUUGUGUCCACAACCAUGGGAAAUGCCCCAUAUGAAGUUUGUGCAGCUUUGCCAAAAAAAAAAAAAAAAGAAAAAAAAAAAAGGUUUUCUAUUCUCAAAAAUGACCCAAGCCAGUAAAUAGCAUCAGUCGCUUCUGUGGGGGCCCAGAGCCCCGUAUUUAUUUUUCCUGUGUUUGUCUCUAGUGUCCUCCUAAGCUGCCUUUCCCCUGAGUCUUUCUCAGAACAGAUAUCUCAGUAUUGUGUUUUCAGUGUGGCCCAAUGUUUUGUGUCAGUGAAAUUCUUUUUCUGGAAAAUUAAUUCCUAACAUCUUGAGUGUUCUCCUGACCUUCAAAGGGCUUUGUAUUUUAUACCUGUUCCCUCCACAGGCUGCUCACGGUCAGUUUUACAUCUGCCCUGUAGCUCACUUCUCUUCUGGCCCCCGAAACGCUGCCGAGGCCUUGGUGCUGGUUUGUUCUUCGUGGUGAGAGGACUUCGUCGGCCAUGAGCGAUGUGGGUGGCUCCCCACAGUGCUCCCUCCAGGCAUGUGUGAUCCCCACACCCCUCGGGGGGUGAGUCCAGAGUCCUGCAGGUGGCCAGCCUUGUGCUUCAGCUCUCUUUACUCCUGGCUGCUCUUAAGCUGCACCAUGCCGUGAAAUUGGUUGUCAGCUGUGGAGCAGGUUGGGCCGAGGCACCCACCCAGCUUCGGAUGUGGAGUGAGAAGACUCGAGUCUGGCCAGGAAGUGACUUCAGUCACAGCACCUGUGCCUCAGCUUCACAACUGGUGGUUUUUAAAAAUGACAGCAGACUGUUGAGGGCUAGGGCCGUCUGCAGUGACUCCGACCUUCCAGGUCAAGGUUUGGGCCCGUGGCCUUGCCAAUCCAGCCCUCCAGUUUCAGAGAAGGACCCAGGGGGUGUGUCUCGGUUGCCAGGGCUUCAUCGCAGGUCUUCCUGGAAGGGGGUGGAGCCUCCACUGAUACCUAGAGGUCAGGAGUUUUCUGGAAUCUAGAAGUGACUUGGCCUUUGCAUAUGUGAACUUCCAAGGUCUUAGUAUUGUUUCUGAGAGCUCUUUCUGCCCCUUUCCUCAUUCUUGGGUACAGGAAGGAAGAAAUGCAGAUGAUGAGGUGUGAAGAGUUCAGAACAGCAUUACUCACUCACCUUGGACAAUUAUAACUUGAAACAAAAUUCAUAAUUCUUUCUAAAGUCUCUCAAGUUGAGUUAUAUUUAAUAUUUAAAAACUCAAUUCUCAAACCAUUAUUUACAAAGUUAUUCCUAUUCUCAGACUCCUCCUAGUACUAAGCUCAGUGUUGACGCUACGAAAUAGUUUUCGAUGGUCCACCUCCCGUGGUAGAUUUCUAAGCUACCACUUUGGGGGCGUCAGCAGCAGUGCUGCUUAUAACUCCUCUAGGCUGCCGUGCGUGGUGGCUCUGCAUCCUGUAUUUCACAGUGUUCCUAUGAAGUGGGUGUCAGGGCAGAGGACCCCCCCCCCCCUUGUCCAAUAGACAAGUCUGGUGCCUGGAGAGCUCGUCCGGAGUUAAAGAGUAAGGAGGCGGUGAUGCUGAGUGAUUCCCAGGCCUCAGGCUGCCACCUCUGAAGGCAAAAGAAGGACUGGUUUAACCUUUCUGUCAAGUAGCCUGUGUUUGAGCCCGUGUAGGCCACAAGCUAGAAAAACAGGAAGGUGGCCUCUUGGCCAUCCUGGUCGAGGGGUCGGCAUUGUUCCGACAGGCUUCGAGAGGCGAGGCUGUGUCGCCAGGUGUCGUUGUCCUGUUACAGCUUUGGCUCUCAGUGAGAGGAGAGAGUCUCGCUUUUUUUGCUUAGGCUUAUUGUGGCUCUUGUGAUCCCCAUGUAGAAACCCAUGAUGCUCUGAACGGACCCCACCCCCCGCCAGGUCCCAUGCCCCUCCUCCUACCGUGGGAAAUGGCCCUGGGUGCCCCAGAGAUGGGCCUCGGCCUGGCCUGCCUCCCACAGCCUGCCGAGACGUGGCCUUCUUCUGGGACUCCCUCCCCACUUUCACCCCCACCCCGCCACCCCCACCGGCAGCAACCAGCAGCCCUUCUGUGUCCCCACCCGUCCUUCCUGUGGCCCUGGGCCCUCCUCCCCUCAUCUCCUAACUGUAGUUUGUUCAGUUCCUCUGCCUCGCUCCGUUUCUUCAUCAUCUACCUCUCCAUUACUCCUCGCGUGUUUCAGAUCCUUGCCACGAAAAGAACUUGAUUUCUCUAAGCAUCAUCUCCGCUCACCGCGUUCCCUCCCCCUCCCACUCCUCACUUCCUCGUCCACAAGCUGGGCCUCCAUCCCACCACGUGGACAUAGUUUAGAAGCCAUCAGGGACGAUUUCGUGGCCAAAUUCGGUGGCCUUUCCUCUCUCCUUCAUCUCCACGUCCACACUCAGUGACCAUGGCAUGCCAUCGCUGACCUGACUUUCCCUCUUCUCCAAGAUUUCCUCACUCCUAAACAGUCUUCAUUCCUUUUCCUUGUUUUACCUAAAGGCUGGUUUGGCAGGUGGUUCUCAAACUUUGGACCAGCUCUGGGGCUCAUGGCAGGGAAGGCAGCUCCGAGUAGAACCACAGGUCACUGGGCACUACUCGGUAGCUCUGGAGUCCAGCCUGGCUGGCAUCUGCAGCUUCAGCAAACCCCAUGUAGGGGGUCCUAGACCACGUUUGAGAAGCUCUCACCCUUAGGGUCCCCACGCCUCCCUGACUCCAGCUGUCCCCUUUGCAGUGACUCCUGGUCCCAGCUCCAGCCCUCCUCUUUAGGAAUGCAUUUCUGGCUCUACCUAGAAGCCCCGGGACAGCCUCAGACUCACUCCCCAGACCCUCGGCUUGUCUAGGUUCCUUGCUGCCCUGUCCCGCCCAGCCAGCCAUAAGAGUCCCUUGUCCCUUUUUGGCCAUUGCCCCCUAGUCGUGCCCUCACGGCCUCCCUGUGGGCAUCAGCUUCUGACCAGGCAGUCACCCUCAGCUUUCCCCGCCUCCCCCGAGACUGCCCAGCUGCUAGUGUAUCCAAUAAAAACACAGUUCUGGAGAGCCCUCUUGUUAUUCAGUGAUCAGUGGCUCACUUGACCAGAGCAUCAAGUUCAGACCUCCCUGAGCUUGGUAUCUGUGGCUGUCCACCCCCCAGUGCUACUUGAUGGCCCGCUUUGUAUCGCCCACCCUCUCACUACAGGCACCAUCUCCUCCGUUAGCCCUGGACUUCUGCCUCCGUGUGCAUCUCUUCUCUGCUGGAAAUGCCCUUUCUCCCAAGUGGCGUUUGGCGUCCCUCCUCAAAGGCCCAGCCCUGAGUCCCCCUGUCCCCUUGCCCAAAGCUUCUGACCAGAAGCAGCCUCGCGGUGUUCUGUGACCUCACAGCACUUGUGUCUUGCUUUCGGCGCUUGCCCCUCUGGCUGGUGUCACUGCCGCUAUUGUGUACUGUGUCUUACCUCCUUUUCUAGACUGUGAGCUCCUCGUGGGCAGGGCUGUCUGUGUUCACUUUCUGUAUUUCCCAUGGCACCUAGCACAGUGCCUUGCACUUCAUAGGUGCUUAAUAAAGUCUGCUCAAUUGAA